AUUCUCUGCUGUCAUGUGGGCGAAGGAAGCUAAACCUGUGCUGAGGGGGCUAGUUGGCUUUACUUGAUUAAAUCUUCAUUUUAUCAAAAGAUUAUCGCCGUUUUUUAUUAUUUUUUGAAAUAUUUCAGUGACUGGACAGAUUUGUGUUAUUUAAAGUGCGUGUCACAGCUUGGAGGACGUGUUGUUGUCAAGCGAGGAGUCAUCUGAAAUAAGUGAAGAGAAACGAUGAUGGUGUUUGAGCUGUCCACCCACUGAGUUCCCCGAGAAAAGACAUCUGAUGAAAACUCACUGCGACCUUACUGAUCCCGGCAUGGAAGACAAGGCAAAUGGCUCUGUUGACACCAAAAGCCCAGUGGAGAACGGUCAGCUGCCGGACCCUGCCAACUGGGGGGUCGCCGAUGUCGUCAAUUACUUCAAAGCAACAGGGUUCGAGGAGCAAGCCACAGCUUUUCAGGAUCAGGAAAUCGACGGCAAGUCCCUGCUUCUGAUGACGCGUAACGACGUCCUGACGGGGCUGUCGAUAAAGCUCGGCCCUGCACUGAAAAUCUAUGAGUAUCACGUGAAGCCGCUGCAAACCCAACACCUGAAGACUAAUGCCUCGUAGCACCGCGGGCCAUCGAUACACCCACCUCAGUGACAAUCAUCAUGUCAGGAGAUCCCAGGUUAGCUGCCACAACACAGACUCCUCUGGCCACAGUGGCACCUUAACAGGAUUUGAAUGCUGUAUGUUUUUAUAAACGUGGAUCCCAAAAAUGGGUUUGCACAUGGGAGUCCACUCAGCUGUUUACCCUUUCAGCCAUUCUUGUUUCUGCUGCUUGAGAUAUGUAUUUUUUAUUUUUUUUGUUUGUGUGUUUUAUUUAAAAGAAGGAAAAUUUGGGGAAGAUUUUUGUGUAUACAUUUGUGUUGGUGUGUGUGCAAAGUGAUUUAACCUAUGUUGGUUUAAAAAAAAAAAAAAAGUUAUUUGUAUAUAAGAUUAUAUAUAGUUGAAAACUGUAUGUUCUGUCUUACCUGAAUUCUUUGAUACAUGCAGAAAAGGAUUCUGCUGCAUCAUAUUUUGCCCUAAAAUCAGUUUUUAUGCUCUAAACUGCGCAGCUGAGUCCAUGAGUUGUCUUUAGCAUGUAACAUUGAAGCAUUUUGUUUCCCCAGACCAUAACGAGCCAACCGAAAGCCUCUUUGUUCCUGCACACACACAUUACGUAGGCUCGAGGCUCUUGAUAUGAAAAUAUUUGUGUAUAUAUUCUUAUUUUGUUCCUACCUGUGGUGCUUUCAGCAUUGUCGCAAAGACAACUGUAUUGAAGUGUGUAUGACCAAUGUAUAUGUCCAACAUAACACUGGAGUUUGACUAUCUGAAUCAAAGAUUUGCAAUAAAUGGUGCUCUUUUCUCACCAAAGAACAAUAUUAGUUCAUACAUUUAUUUAUAGUGCUUUUCUUUUCUUUAUUAUUAUACUUACAUAUUGACAUUAAAUGUUCAAAAACCUUAUCGUAUUUGAGAAAUCUUGAA